AUGACAGGAUUACAGAAUCAGAAAGGCGGGGACUCUAAAGGAGACAAAUCUGAACUACAAAGAAGACCCACAAGGUUGUCUGCUAAACUUGUUCCUCUAAAGCCAGAGCCCAAGCCUAAAAAGACCCCAGCAAAGAAGGGAGAGAAGGUACCCAAAGGGAAAAAGGGAAAAGCUGAUGCUGGCAAGGAGGGGAAUAACCCUGCAGGAAACAGAGAUGCCAAAACAAACCAGGCACAGAAAGCCAGAGGUGCUGGAGAUCCCAAGUGA